GAAGCGGGGAGAGGCUUUGGAAGCCUAGUUGCUUCCUUCCAUGCGUGCACCGUAGGCUUUUGAGUGGAAAUGGGUAAGGGAGAGUUAGUUCACAGAUCGUGAAGCGCUAGACGCUGCGGGUGCCGGAGAAAGACGGGACCGGGCUGGCUUGAGUCUGGGCGGAGGGGGUGAAAGCAGCCUGGGGCGGGGUCCCAGAGGGGCCGCCGGCGCUCCAGGGGCAUGCUCAUCACGCUGUGUUACCUGUACCUGUGGGCGCGCUGGGGGGCGCGGCCCGCGCGCAUUAUCCGCAGCACGGUGCGCAGGCUGCACCGUACCCGUUGCUCCUUCACCUUCUGCAGCAGCGGCGGGGGCAGCCAGCAGCAGCUGGAGCAGCCGAGGCCCAGACCGGGGGUCCCGGGGGUCACUGACGACAGUAUCUGCUUAAGGAUGGGAAACCGAGUCUUCUUCAUUGACGAGACCCAGUCCAUUGAUGACUUAAAUAAGUGGGCUCUACUUCUUGUUUCUCCUUUUAUUUAUCCUGGUGAUGUUCUUGAAGCAGAACACAUAGCGUUUGUGAUAGAAAGCAUUUUGCUACGAAGUCAGAAUUUACCAACACCAUUUUUCCCUUCAGAAACGAUUGUAAAGUGGUCAGACUGUUGUUUGCCAUUAGCCUGCAGACCUGGUGAGCCUUAUAAGCUAUUUGCAGAAGCAAGUAUAGAUAAUUUCAGCAAGUUGGGCAUUGCAUUCAUGGAAAACAGGCUCCAGAUGGAUAAUGGAAUGGUACCACAAAAGAUUGUCUCUGUACAUCUUCAGGACUCCAUGCUGAAAGAGCUGCAGGAGUUGACAUCAUCCAAGAUCACAGAAGUAGAAGAAUUGACCUCAACUUUACCUUUUAAAGUCAAACCUGAAUGGGAAGGGACAAAGCAUUUAGACAGUGAUGACCAAAAGGUUCAAGAUGAGGAGUAUAAUCAGAAGAAAGGAAGUGCUUCACAGGAAGAACCCACCAAUGCAACAGAAAAGGGAGUUGACUUUGAUGAGCACCAUCAUCACUUGCAUCUCUCAAGCUGCCAUGAAUGUUUGGAACUAGAAAGCAGCACCAUAGAAUCUGUCCGAUUUGCAUCUGCAGAAGACAUUCCUGAUCUUCCUAAUGAUUUCAGUAGCAGCCCAGAGGGCAGUGUUGACACAGCCUGCCAAGGGACGAGAGUCAAUCUGACUGGGAAGCCACCAAAUAUUUUACUCUUUGUGGGCUCUGACCCCCAGGAGGCACAUCAAAAAUUCCAGCAGCUCCGUUCCAUUCUAGCUGACUGUGUUGACACUAACAGUUACACAAUCUACCACCUGAAGAAGAAGACUGUGCUCAGUGAUCCAUGGGUACAUAACUGUUUAUUAUUGAUCAUUGCUACAGAGGAGCCCAUUUCUGAAGCAAUUUACCAGCAGUUCAUGGUGUACUUGUCCCAAGGUGGGAAGGUUUUGGGGCUAUCUUCCUCUUUCACAUUUGGUGGGCUACAGCUGAGAAGCAAAGAGGAACUGAAGAAGACCAUUCAGACACUGGUUUUUUCCAAGGCUGAUCACAAUGAAAUGAAACUGAAUGUCUUGACCAGUGGCAGCAUUUAUGAAGAAGACACUGGGGAGCUUUUCAGUCCCGGAAAGCUCAAGGGUUACUUAGAAAACAUAGACAAAGACAGGACGAUUGUUCAUUUGCCGUUUGGAACAAAUGGAGGAGAAGCUAUUCUUUGCCAGGUGCACUUGGAAAUGCCUCCCAACACUUUAAUACAAACUCAAGAUGCCUUUGAUUUGUUGAAAUCAAGCAAUUUUAGCAGAUAUGAAGUCCUUAAGGAGAUUCUGACUGUCCUUGGCUUAAAUUGUGAAUUAAAGAAAAUCCCUCCCCUGACUCCUCUUUACUUGUUCACAGCUGAGGAGGAAGUCCGAGUUUCCUUUAUGCAGUGGCUUGAAAGAAAUGUGGAUCCUGAAGGAGUAAUGACAUUUAGCAAGCUGAGCCUUAAAUUUGUUUCAUCCUAUAAACCAGAAUUGGAAGUAACCCCAUCUCACAUGCCAGUUAUCACUGAAACAGAGGAAUUUGAAACAGAAGAACAUUUUAACCUGGAAAUCUAUCGAAAAAAUUUGCAGACAAAGCAACUAGGAAAAAUAAUUCUGUUUGCUGAAGUGACUUCAUCCACAAUGAGUCUUCUAGAUGGGUUGAUGUUUGUUGUGCCACCAGACCUGGGCUUAGUUGCAAUUGCAGCCCAGCAAACACAAGGAAAAGGUCGUGAUGGCAAUGUCUGGCUUAGUCCUAUGGGAUGUUCUCUUUCCACCUUACACAUCAGCAUCCCCCUGUAUUCUCAUCUGGGGCAGAGAAUUCCAUUUGUUCAGCAUUUGAUGUCUCUAGCACUUGUGGAGGCAGUCCGAUCCAUUCCCGAGUAUCAGGAUAUCAACUUACGAGUAAAAUGGCCCAAUGAUAUCUACUACAGUGAUCAAAUAAAGCUCGGUGGAGUUUUGGUCAACUCAACGCUUGUGGGAACAACUUUUCAUAUACUUAUUGGCUGUGGAGUUAAUGUGAAUAACAGCAACCCUACUAUAUGCAUCAAUGAUCUCAUCAUAGAAUAUAAUAAGAAACACAAUAAAAAGCUAAGUCUGUUCCGUGUGGAUUGUCUUAUUGCAAGAACAAUAACUACGCUGGAGAGACUGAUAGAUGCAUUUCAGGAUAAAGGACCUAAUGCAGUUCUUCCUCUGUAUUAUAAAUACUGGAUACACAGUGGUCAGCAAAUCCGUUUGGGAAGUCAUGCAGGGCCAAUGGUAUGGAUCGUUGGUAUCGAUGAUUCUGGCUUCCUUCAAGUUCAUCAAGAAGGCGGGGAUGUUGUGACUGUGCAUCCAGAUGGCAACUCUUUCGACAUGCUGAGUAACCUCAUCAUCCCCAAAACACAGUAGUUAAAGGAGCCAGUAAAAUGGCUGCCUGUUUUAUCUGGCACUCAACUGUCAGGAUCACAGUGACACAGGGUGCCCCAUCUAGUUGAAAUUAGUUUUAAGGCAAAGGUGCCCGACCAUCUGCAAAUACAUUCCUGUUUGAUUUCUUUGGUCUUUCCUAAGCCCAUCAAUCAUGAAGAUCUAUUUGAGAUGGUGGGUACUAGAGGUUUUUUACUACUUCAGUUACUAUUCUCAUGCCUUUUGGUAGCCCUUUUUGUUUACCAUUUUAUUUCUGCCUCCUUUUGAGAAGGGUCAACAGCCUUUUCCUCUUUCUAUUUAAAUCGGUGUUUAUUGACAUAUGUAGCUCUUAUUUGGAAACAAUAUGGGGAAAGAAUUUAGAUAGUUUCGCAAAAGUAAAGCCCUCACCCCUGCUCCCUUCAAAAAGAAGAAAAACAACAGCCCUCCAGUCUUGAGUCAUUUCUCAGUUUGGGGGAUGGUAAUAUCCUUUCUACUCAACCAGGGAGAUGUUUUUCAAAGAGAACAUGUGUUGACACCUGGUAUUUGUUUUUAUUUCUUUGUUAAGGAAAAAAAAAAGAGUAAACAUUUUUCAGAAAUGGUGCUUAUUAUUUAUUUCAUUGUUUGUCAUUUGUUAUACUUAAGUGGCUAAUGAAAUUUAACAUACGUGAAUAGAGAUUGAAGAUGUAGUGGGAAAUCACUAAUUUAUAGUGAAUUUAUUUGGAGAGUGGGAGUACAAAUUCAUGUACUGAAAUCUAGAAAUUCAAGAGUUGAGUGAAUUUUUUUUUUUUUUUUGGUGAGGCAGUUGGGGUUAAGUGACUUGCCCAGGGUCACACAGCUAGUAAGUGUUAAGUGUCUGAGGCCUGAUUUGAACUCAGGUCUUCCUGAAUCCAAGGCUGGUGCUCUGUCCACUGCGCCACCAAGCUGCCCCAGUUGAGUGAAUUCUUAAGCUCAAACUAAAGAUCUUUAAAGAAUGAAAUCAAGUUAGAUGUUUAGUGUGUGAAGCUGAUGUGGAGACACUAAGAGAGUAGAUUGUCUGAUGGUACCAUAAUCACAUCUGCAGAGUAUGUAUUAUCCAGGGUGUUCCAAAAGACCCAAAAGCUAUUAAAGUUAAAAUUGCCUGAGAUUUUUGGCAUAUCCUAUACUCUAAGUGAGAACUAGGAACUUCUAAUUCUAAACCAGUUCUAAGUGUAGCUUUGAAAUGUGGAAAAUUCACUGGAUUCUGAUAAAAACAGAUUUUUUAAAAGAUAAUACAUUAGAGUAGUCUCUAAUUCAAGAUUGAAUGACUUAGCUCAGCAUUUGGUUUGUAAAUUGUAAACUUUCUUGCUCUCUCAUUUCAUAUUGUCAAGAAAUAAAACUUUGAGCUGAUUUAGAUUCGAUAUUGGUUAGUUACUUUAAGGUUUUAAAAGAUAUUAAAAAUCUGAUAGAGACAGAACAUAAGAAAGGAAUAAUGGGGGGGGUAUGUUUUCUAUUCCAGAUGUGCUCCAUGCUUUUUCCAUGACGUUUUUAUCUUCAUUUAACUUUUAAAUCAUACAUGAUACUUGUCAACUUAUAACCUUUUGUCAAAGUUUUACUUACCAGUCUUAGGGAAAUAAUUGGAAGGAAAGCAGAAUGGAGCUCCUAGCUCUAUGCAAAAUCUUUUCCAUUACAUAGUGACAUUUAUACUAUUCUUAUGUGUGAAGGUUGAUACAGAAACUUAAGAGUUUCAUCAUACUAUCUGGCUACACCAGUGAGACACAGAUAGCCUCUCAGCAAGGAAAUAGUAACAUAUUCAGCUAAAUUAACCAGUCUCUGGAAAGCUCACAUAAAGAAAAGUCACCCAUUUUAUAAACAAGGUAUCAAUGGGCAUUACUUGGGGAAAAAACCAACCCAACAAAAAUCUAUCCUCCCAACAUGUUUUCUUUGGAAAUUAAGUCAGAAAUUUUGAAUUUUUUCUUACUCUUUCACUAAAAUUACAAAAAUGGACUCACCUUUGAGAGAUAGUCUGUGAAAUUUCGCUGAAGUAAAAAGUGAAAUACCUCCUGUCUACAUAGUGAGGUUUUUUUUUUCUUGAACCUUAUAAGAAAAUGUAAUUCAUCCUAUAGAAUUGCCAUCAUUAAUUUUUUAAUCUCUUUGUAGAGAGUUUACUUAAUGAAAAACAUGUUUCAUUUUAUUCUGUUUAAACUGUGAUACUAUUUUGGAACAGUCUGCUUUGGAAAAAUCUUUUAUUGAAUUUACUUUUGAAAAGUAAUGAAAUGUGGAAGCAUCCGCAUCCACAAGAGUCCAUACACAUUUUGACACUUUAGCCUUUAUGCUUUUUAAAAAUAGGCUGUUCAGAAUUGCCUGAGGAGACAAAAGAGGCUUUAAUUGAAUGCUGCAUUUUUUUAUAAAACUGAUUUUGCUUCUGAUAUACCAAAGAAAAUGUUGUUAUUAUUUAAUCCUGUUCUGUAGAAUAGCUGAAUUAAGGCCAUGAAAUGAAGAUCAAGAAAACCAGAAUAAAUUUAAAAAUUGCUCACAUCUAGAUUUUUAAAACCGUUAUUGUUAUAGUAAGUUCUAUAUCCUUUUUACUCUCUUUAGAACAGGACAAGUAAAGAAACCUUAAAAUUAUGUCUAAAGUGGUAAUAUAGUCAUUGGGCAGUUCCCAAAUCCUCACGAAAUACAUAAAAUUUUUUAAAUUGCUAGAUUACUAGGAUCAUCUUUUCCAUUAUAAUGUGGUGGUGGUAGUAAUCUUGAUGAUAAAGAUUACAAGGGCAGCAAGGUGGUUCAGUGGAUAGAGUGUUGAACCUGAAGUCAGGAAGACCAGAGUUCAAAUCUGGCUUCAGGCACUUACUAGCUGUAUGACUCUGGGCAAGUCAUUUAACCUCACUUUGCCUCAUUUUCCUCAUCUGUAAGAUGGAGACAAUAAUACUACCUACCUCCUGGGGUUGUUGUGAGUAUCAAGUGAGAUGAUGAUUGUAAGGUGCCUACCUAGCACAGUGUCUAGCACAUAGUAAGCUAUAUAUAAUAUAAUAAGUAGUAUAAAUAUUAACUGUUAACUAGCUAUAGUAGUUGUUUGUCCUUUGUUCCCAAAGAGGACCAUGACAUUGAGGAGGUGAUGUCAUGACUGAAAAUGAAUUGGAUUUAAGUGAGGCAAGACUCUGCAAAGUCACCAGCCUCACUUUCUCUUCCAGAGCUAUCUGGGUCCAGUGGCAAGAUAUAAAUCUGGAUGACUGGAGAUGGCCUUGAAUGCAAUGGAAGACCUUGACCUUGUCCUUCCCAAGUCUCCAACAAAGUGAGCUAGCUAUUAUUACUGGGAGAGUGGUUUACAAUGUGCCUGCAUUUGUUUUAAGAGAUUUUUCCUCAUCUUACCUUGGAGAAAAAAGUGCCUCUAUUAUACACAGCAGAAAUAUCAGAAUUUUCUUUAGAAAACAGACUACCCAAGAAAAUAGCAUGUCUGAACUAUUAAUUUACAUUGGUACUUAUAUUUGUGGACAAAUCUCACCUGACAUUUAAAGCUUCCAUCUCUCCUGUUAUCUUUUUUUUUUUUUUAACAUUCAGAACAUGGGUCUCUUCUGAGUAUAAGAUACCUCAGGAGUUAGUCCCUAGGACUUCAUUAGAAAGAGUUGCCGGUAAAAGAAAGUUCAAGGACAGAUAUUCAAUGGCAACAUUUUUAGUCUUUAGGGAACAUUUUUUUGAAAGACCCUGUUAUGUGGAGCUGGGAUGAAAUGGAUAUUUAUGAAAUAAAAACACUAAUAUUGCUUGGCAAUAAAGGGAGUUGCUUUUAAUUUCAAACAAGCAAAGGUUAAGUGCCUGUGAUGGAAGGGAAGAAUGACCCCACAAAGCCCUUCUGCAAACUCUUGCCUUGAGGAGCAGGCUGGAUAUGAUCCCAUGGGCAACAACAUUUUAACUCCAUUCACUUCAUUACACAGCAGGUUGAUGGAUAAAAAAACCUAAGGGAGUAGAUCAUGAUCAUAACUCAGGAGAAAAUAAUGGACUUCACCCCCAGUGUAGGAAAAGAAAUGGUAAAUGACAAGUUUUAAACUUGUGUCCAAAGGGUUUGAACUUUGAACUCACAGAAAAUUAAUUACUCCUUAAUAUUCAGAAACCAAAGACUCUUCUUGUUUCUAGGAAAUUGCUAUACAGAAAUGUAAUAACAUGAAAUAUAAACUUACAUUUUCAACUUUGAAAGAACCUUUGUAAAGUAGUUAUUUAAAAUAAAUGAGCCAAGUCUUUGGAAUGGAAAUGCAUCAAAAUAAAUGGUUUGGACUUUGCUCUUAUUCAUGUUGUAUAUUUUAUUUAAGACAACAAUCAGCCAUGUUUGGUGAUAGGUUUUAUUGAUAUGGAAAAUACAUUAUAAAUGAAAAAUACAUAAUAAGGAAUGCGUAUGUAUUUGUAGGCAUUGAAAGUUUGGGUUGCUUUGGGGUUGGUUUUGAUAUACUUUUGACAAGUUUAUUUUCAUCACAAAAAGAUCAAUGUCCUAAUGCUUAAAAAAUUAAGCUUAGUAGGAAUAAUAAAGAAAACUCAGAUGGUUUUCAAAUAAAGUUAUGAUAUCUAAAAUUUCAGACAGUUAAAAGUAUCUUAAGAUAUUUCUCUUUUCACUAAAAUGGCUUAAGUUAGGAUAUAGCAUCCAUUUUAACAUAUGUGUGCUUUCAAAGGACUUAUCACCUUUGAAUAUUGUGCUUUUUUUCGAUAAUGUGUUUUUGAUAACCGAGAGCUCAAUAAAGAGCACAAUAAAAUUUUGUGGCAUUCUAUAAUUUGUUCUGUUACAUUUUAAUUAUAGCAUUACUCAUACCUUCUUAAAUGUUUCACUCUUCUAAUAAAUGAAAACCAGUAAUUUCUUUGCUUCCCACCCUACAAAGCUACUCCAUGCCUCUAUGAGCCAGACACGAGAGCUUCUCUUAAAGAAAACUUUACCCUACAUUUUUACUUCUACAUUAAAUAUUUUUCCUUAAUACUGUCAUUAAAGUAAUACCUAGAUUAACUCUGUCAGUGUUGGUUCUUGUCUUAGAGCAAUCCUUUGUAGAUGAAUAAAAGAUUAAAAAGUUAGCUCUGUAAUAUGUAUCUUUAGAGUAGGAAACUUUCAGUUACAUUUAAUUUGUUAAUUACAUGUGCAUAUGCUAUGUAUAGACAUACAUACUCCGUCUUAAGCCUAGUAGUCCACAUUGUCUCUUACAGACUGUUCUUUGCCUUAAUAGAAAUCCUUGUAUAAGCUAAACAUUAAAAAAACCCUACAUGAUUUCAUGCUUUCUGAAUACAGCUCCAAAAUAUUAAUGAUAAGAUAGUCACAAAAGGGAUAUUUUAUUUUAAAAUAUCAGAAGAUAUUUCCUAUUUAAAUUAGUUCUAUGCUUUAAUGAAUCAUGAUUUCAUUAUGAAACCCAAAGGAAUACUCAAAAUAUUACAAAAAUUUGUUUUAUAUAUGCAUAGACUCACAUAAGUAUUCUAAUGAGGUAUGACUAAGCAGGGUAUAAAAUAGAGUGGAUAAUUCUGUUUCUUAAUGAUGUGAACAAUGUUGAUUAUAUUGAUACAUACAUUAUAUACAUAUAUUAUAUUGCAUUGUUAAUUUAAAAAAUUCAUUCGAAAGCAAAUUGGUCCUAUAUAGUAACUGAUUCUGUUAGGUCCUAUAUAACGACACUAGUUUGACAAAAGAAAAUUUUACAAUUUAACAACGUGACAGGUGUAUUUUUAAUUUAAAACCAUAGUUAUGAAAAUGUCUGACUUCCUUUGAAAUAAACAAACAAAAAAACAGAAGCAUACAUCAUAAAGUAAGCCAUUUUGUAAAGACAACAAAAAUGAUACAAUGUUGGUAGUAUAGAACAUUUGGAGAAAGUUUCUAAGACUGGAUAGGGAAGAACUUUGAAGUGAAAUAUUUAGACCAGUGCUGAAAUAAGUUAUCUUAAAUGCUUAGCCUUUAAGCAAUAUAUAUGUAUAUACAGACAUAUCUGUGUAUUUAUUUUUGAACUUUUUUCUUCAAAAAUAUUUAUGUAUUUAAAUGUUCAUGUAAAUAUUCAAAGGUGAAUGUAUUUUAUUUGCUAUUUAUAAAAUGCAAAUAAGAAAAUGUGUACAUUAUUUUCAUUACAUCUUUUAAAUCAUUUUUAUUGAACAAAGUAAGUGGAUAAUUUAUAAUUUUCCACAUUGCACAUGCAAUUCGAUUAAUUUUAUUAGGGUUACUUGUACUAGUGAUUAUGAAUUUCCAUAUGCCAAAUUCUGAAUGUUUGCCAUGUAUUUAAACUUGACUGGGCUAACAGAUUUUUAUAUUGCAGGACAACUAUCCAUUCUUCUCAUAAACCAUUUUCUGACUUUCUUUUUCAUUUAAUGCCUAUUCAAAUUUGCAGGUACUGUUCAUUUUGUUACCAUAAAUUCAUAGAUUAUUGGGAGUUGAAAGAAAAUAAGAGCUUAUUAAUGUAUCUUAAGCAUACACAACAACAAAAUGGAAUUAUAUUGUCUUGACAAAAAUGUUUGUACCAGAAGGGAAACAACAUAUAUUCUUGCAUGCUUUUAUGAGAAUAAUGCAUCCUCUUGGGAGCAGUGAAAUCGUCUAUUCUUCUUAUGACUGUUUUAACCAUAUCCUGCUUUUUCUAAGGAUAUGCCAUGAAAGGUGGCGUGGCCUACUAGUUAGAAAACCAUCCUUGGCACCAGGAAUAUCUGGCACAAGCCCCAUCCCUGACAUUAGCUACGUGACCUUCUCAGUGCUCCAAACAUCUCUCUAAAACUAGAAGGUGAAGAAAAACCCCCUCAUCCGGGAGUUCCCUUCACCGAUGAAAUCACAGAUCUAGUUCCCAUUUUAUGGACAGAUCAAAUUAUUCUUUUAGGACUUUCAUUUUGAUCAGGAUAUUUUAAAAGAAAAUGCUCUCAAAGUUUAGAGUUGAGAAUUUUUUAAAAAAUCACUGUAACAAAUAUUACUUCAAGUAUUGUCCAUCAACUCUGUCAGUGUUCCCUAAAAUCAGGAGGCUAAAGCUUGAUUUCAGAUGAGGAGAAUAAUAACUAUCAUAAGAUCAUAGGUUUAGAUCUAGAAAGGUCUUUUAGGCCUUUUAGUCCAAUCCCCUCAUUUUACAAAUACAGAAAUUAAGGCUGAGAGAGUUAAGUGACUUGGUCCAUCAAGGUAGAGUGAUUUGAGGUUUUAGAGUAAUCCCUUUUAAAAUAAAACCAGGGCUACCUAGCAGGCUAUUUUGUUCUUGUUUUAGUUUAGUUGAUGAGAUGUAAGGGGAAAAGGAACAAAAUAGCUUCAAUCUGAGCCUUUUUCUGAAUACCCAGCAUAGCAUUUUUACAGUUCUUCAUACUCAUAGUCUAUGGCAUUUUGAUGGUAAAAAUCUAAGUAUAUAUUUUUGAAUCAAAAUAGUCACCUUUGCAUAAUUUAAAAUCUAGGCAUAUCUAGUCCUUGCCUCUUAAAUCUGUUUGACACUCUAAAAUAAUGAGAUCUGACAUAUGGCAUCUCAUUAGCAUUCUGCACCAGAGAUCAGGUCAUAGUAAUGCUACACUGAAUCUUCAGUGUUUUUCUCUGACCUUCAAGGUACUGUUACACAUGGUUUGCCAAGAACACAUGCCAGUUUGUCCCUCAUUGACCUUCCUGCUCUGCUUGUUAAGUGUAACCAUGUUGUCUUGUGCUUUCUUUGGAAAUGCUUCCAGUUUGUUUGCUUUUAAUUAAGAGGCCAGUUUCUAUUAUUGUCACCUUGAAUUGAUUAUUACAGAAGUUCCAAUAUAAUGGCAUAGCUCAGUUUCCCUGUGGGUUUCUGGGGGUGAGACCGAGGACAGACUUGGGUUUUUUGAAAUAAAUGUGUUUACCUCUUCUGAACUAGAUCCAUAAUUGUCAGUUACAUGUCUGGUGGCUGUGCAUGAGGAUGGCUGGAAUGUCCCAUGUUUGGAUAACAGGUGGUGGUAGUUUAGAAGUACAAAGGGUACUUGUCCGGGGGGCUGCAUAUCCAUCAUGUGUUCACUCUCAGAGUCAUGG